UUGGACAUGAGGCGUCGGAGGAGGUCCCCUUUCACACAUUCAUAAAAAUGAUAUCCUUCCACAAGAUGUCUGUGGCACUGUUGGGAUUAUGGUCUUGUUUGGUGAUGUCAACAAGUGCCGUUGACUACCCCAAAACUCUACCGUGUGACGUGAGUGAGGCCAACGACACCAAUGAGAUGAAGGUGGACUGCACCGAGAGAAACCUCAAGGAAAUCCCCCGCGGCAUCCCGAGAGGCACGACCAAUCUGACUCUCACCAUCAACCAUAUUCCCAAAUUAAAUUCAAGCUCCUUUCACGGUCUGGAGGACCUGAGAGAGAUUGACAUGAGGUGCAAUUGUGUGCCCAUCAAAAUCGGCCCCAAGGACCACAUGUGUACGCAGAGCGUGACGAUUGAGGAGAGUACCUUUGCUGCUCUCAAGAGUCUCCGAGCACUUUAUUUGGAUGGAAAUCAGCUCUACAGCAUACCAAAAGACUUGCCUUCCAAUCUGAUGCUGCUCAGUUUGGAAGUUAAUCAUAUUUAUUAUAUCGCCAGAGCAAACCUCUCUGAGAUCCGACAUAUCCAGGUCCUGUACCUUGGUCAGAACUGCUACUAUCGUAACCCCUGUAAUACUUCCUAUGAAGUAGAAGAUGGUGCAUUUUUGCAAAUGAGCAAUCUAACUUUAUUAUCUCUCAAGUCAAACAACUUAUCCAGUAUCCCCAAUCAACUGCCACAAAGUUUGAAAGAACUGUACCUCUACAACAACAACAUCGAAGAAGUCACAGACGAAGAUUUCAAAAACCUAACAAACCUGGAGAUCCUGGAUAUAAGCGGAAACUGUCCCCGAUGUUACAAUGCUCCCUUCCCGUGCAACCCGUGCCCAGAAGACGCACCCCUCAACAUCAGCAAGGCCGCUUUCGCAAUGUUGACCAAUCUGAGGACGCUGCGUCUGCACAGUAACUCCCUGACACGCGUCUCAUCCGACUGGUUUGUCGGCCUGAAAGAGCUCAGAGUGCUCGAUCUCUCGUCGAACUUCUUAGCAAGGGAUGUGGGGGUCACAGACUUUCCGCAGUUCCUGGGUAAAUUACAGGAACUGGACCUGUCUUUCAACUAUGAGCUUCAGAGGUAUCCUCAAACGCUGAGGCUGAACUGUAGCUUCUCCAACCUGAAGUCUCUUAAAGUUCUGAGGCUGAAGGGUUACGUGUUUCAGCAGCUAAAGCGAGAGAGCAUCAGUCCUUUGAAACUGCUCCCCGAGCUGGAGGUGGUGGAUCUUGGAACAAACUUCAUUAAAAUGGCCAACCUCAGCAUCCUGAUGGAACUGAAAAGCUUUAAAAUAAUCAGUCUGUCUGAUAACAAAAUAUCUUCUCCGUCUGAUGGCCAAGAUAGCGUCGGGUUCACGGGAGGGGAGCCCCUGCUCUGGUCUCCCAUGUCGGCCUCCGAUGAGUACCGAAGUAACGAAGUGAGGGAGAUUCAUUACUUCAGAUAUGACGAGUAUGCGCGCAGUUGCAAGUACAAAGAUAAGGAACUUGGAAUCAUUAGUUCCUUCGUCCAAAAGGAGUGCAGCAAGUUUGGUAAAACCUUGGACGUGAGCAGAAACAACAUAUUCUUCUUGCAUUCAAGAUUUUUAAAUCUUAAAGAGCUGAGAUGCCUCAAUCUGUCUGGAAAUGCCAUGAGCCAAAGCCUAAAUGGCUCAGAGUUUAGCAGCCUCACAAAUUUACAGUAUCUGGACUUCUCGAGGAAUCGCCUGGAUCUGUUGUAUCCCACGGCGUUUCAAGAGCUUAAAAAUUUGGUCAUCUUGGAUAUAAGCAACAAUAACCACUAUUUUGAGUCUGAGGGCUUGACUCACAUGCUUAACUUUACUAAGAAUUUAAAUCAUCUUAAGAUACUGCUGAUGAACCACAACAAGAUCUCUACCUCCACAAACACAGAGAUGGAGAGCGACUCCCUAGAGAAGUUAGAGUUCAGAGACAACCGCUUAGACAUGUUGUGGAGGGACGGCGACAUCAGAUAUGUCAACUAUUUCAAGAAAUUGAUCAGUUUGAAGAUUCUUGACAUUUCCCACAACAAUCUCAAUUUCAUACCCCCCGAAGUUUUCAGUGGCAUGCCGGACAAGUUGUCAGAGCUCUACAUCAAAAACAACAGGCUGAAGUCCUUUUCAUGGGGGAAACUGCAACUCCUACACUCUCUGCAGGUCUUAGACCUCAGUGGGAACUCUCUGACCACUGUCCCACGCAUGCUCUCAGACUGCACCAAAUCGCUUAGGAAGUUCAUUUUACAUAAAAACCAACUUGUUAAACUCACGCCGAACUUCCUCAAGGAUGCUUUCGGCCUAAAGUACCUGGAUCUUAGCUAUAAUCGCAUACAAUACAUUCAAGAGUCCAGCUUUCCAGAUGACGUUGUGCGGCAGAUGGACAUGUUGCUCCUCGACCACAACCGAUUCCUGUGCACCUGCAACGCCACCUGGUUUGUCAGGUGGCUCAACAAGACCACGGUGACCAUCCCUCGACUGGGCACGGACGUUACCUGUGCCAGUCCGGGGGCGCAACGAGGAAACCCCGUGGUCUCCGUGGACUUGCUGGCCUGCCAGCACCCUUUCCUGUCCAUCAUCUUCUACACCCUCAUGACCUCACUGGUCGUCAGCUUCCUCACGCUGUCCAUCUCCAGCCAUCUCUUCAUGUGGGACGUCUGGUACAUCUAUUACUUCUGCAUGGCUAAGCUCAAAGGCUACAGGCGUCUGCACUCCCAGAGCGCCGUCUACGACGCCUGCGUGAUCUACGACAAAGAGGAUCCUGCGGUGUCGGAGUGGGUGACGAAGGAAAUGUGCGCCCGCCUGGAAGACUGUGGGGACCGGCCCCUAAAACUGUGUCUGGAGGAACGAGAUUGGGUCCCUGGAUGUCCGCUGAUUGACAACCUCUCCCAGAGCAUCCACGGGAGCAAAAGGACCGUAUUCAUUCUGACCAAGACGUAUAUUAAAGGGGGAAAUUUCAAGACGGCCUUCUACAUGGCCCAUCAAAGACUAAUGGAUGAAAAAAACGAUGUCAUCGUGCUGAUUCUCUUGGAGAAAGUACCAUGCAACUCGAAGUAUCUGAGAUUACGGAAGAGGUUGUAUAAACGGUCUGUGCUUGAGUGGCCAAGAAACCCGCAGGCGCAGCCGUACUUCUGGUUCAGCCUGAGGAACGUGCUGGCGACUGAGAGCCACAAACAAUACAACAAUCUCUUCAAAGAAACGCUGUGAGAACAGCAAUGGACAGAAAUACUUCCCCUACUGCUGAUAAUGUACUUCUGUGUACAAAUUACAACG